CGAAGAGGUUGAGGGCGAGAAGCGAAGGAAUGUAGAACCACAGCGCUUGCUUUGCGCGCAUCGAUGAGUUCGCGAGAUCCCGGAGAGCCGAGGAUGAGUUCAUCGCUGCGGCUUCGCUACGGCGCAUCUGCCUCCACACAGGCCACCAAUGAGAGCAGCGAGAGCCUCCACGCGCCCUCAGCUCUCGCACACGUGCAUUCCCUUCCCAAUCGCCUCAAACAGCAGGCCGUCACAGCCGCUCAGUGGCUGGGGCGGUUUCUGUUGUGCUGCUAUGAGUGGAGUGUGCGUUCGGUGUCGCUGGAGGAGUUGCUGACUCGCAGCGUGGUGCUGGCUGACACAGUGGUGCCGUAUGUGGGUGUGGUGGCUGUGUGGACAUUGAUGCGCAUCGUCUGGGAGGGAGGAAUUCCAUCAGCCUCAUAUUGGUGAGUAAGUGAAUGACGAGAGGGAGGAAUGGGAAGGCCUGCAAGAGAAGCAUCGCUGCUCGCUUCGUGUGGUGGUGUGUUUGUCAAUGGUAAUAGGUUGACGCGGAUAGUGUAUCUGCGGAGUUUGGCGUUCAUCUAUGCGGUGGCCUUCCUGGUGGCCCUGCGGCAGAACAAACAGCUCAUCGGCGACAGAGGGCUGCUGCCCGCCAGGUAGAUAGAUCGAUGUUCACGCAUCCAUCCAUCCAUCCAUCCAUCCAUCGAUGCGCAGGUUCCACCUGGACAAGCUGAUUCGCAUCUACGGUGGUGACACGUGGCGGGCCUUCAUGGACCACCCCACCCUCUUCCUCUUCGUGCGCGACAAGACACACAUCAACAGGUGGGCGGGAGGGUGGGCACGGCAUACCCCAUCCCUCUGUGAGUGUGUCUGAACACACACAUCGAUUCACGUGUGUGUGUGGUUGUGUGGCUGUGUGCAGGUGGCUGGACGGCACGGCCUUUAUGGGGUUGUGUCUGUCGUGUGUGGUGCUGUGGUACGGCGGGGCCAACCUGUGUGUGCUGUUCGCCAUGUGGCUGAUGUAUCACGCCAUCGUGGGCGUCGGCCAGAGGUGGUACCAGUUCGGAUGGGAGUCUCAACUCCUCGAAUGCGGGUUCCUGGCGGUGAGAGAGAAAACGGGCAAUAAGACCAAAGAUACAUGCUUAUGGUGUGUGUGUGUGUCUCUGUGUGUGGUCAGUUCUUCUUUGUGCCGGUGUUUUCCCUCGGGUUCGAUCCGCUGCCCAAAUACACACCGCCCGCAUGGACGGCCGUGUGGGGAUACAGGUGACACUCCACAUGCCACACAUCGCACACGGGUUGAGCAAUCGAUGCCCACGUUUGUGCGUGUUUCCAGGUGGCUGAUGUUCCGCAUCAUGUUGGGCGCGGGGCUGAUCAAGAUCCGCGGCGACAAGUGCUGGGUGAAGCUGACGACCAUGUGCUACCACUACCAGACACAGCCGGUGCCCAACCCGUUCUCCUACUUCAUGCACCACUCCCCGCUAUGGUUCCACAAAUUCGAAACAAUCGUCAACCACGUGGUGAGCACACACCUACCACCCGAACACAGCGGGAUGGCUCACGUCUUGAUUUUGUGUGUGUGUGUGUGUGUGAGUGAUAGGUGGAGCUGUUGGCUCCAUUCCUGCUGAUGAUUCCGGUGCAGCUGCCACGCACACUCGGGGCCAUUGUGCAGAUCGUCUUCCAGGUCGGCAAACAUACACGCCCAGUGAAAGUGAAAGAGUGAACGCUGAAGAAGGUUUCUGCCUCUCUGUGUUUGGGUGUAGGCGACUCUGAUUCUGUCGGGCAAUCUGAGCUUCCUCAAUUGGUGCGUGGACGGACGAAGAAACAUGGCAUUGACCGACGUAGUGAUGGUUGACUGUUGUGCGAAUGGCAGGUUGACGAUCAUCCCUUCAAUCUGGGGCUUCGACGACGUCACUUCCGCCUGCCUGUUCGGCCGACACACACGGCAGAGGCACAUACCUGACACACGACGCCUGACACAUGACAAACAUACCUGCGUCACCACCUCUCUCCUUGUCAACAAACAGGGCACUUGAGCUGGCGUCCUUCCACCACACCCGCGACCUCUCGGUGCUGGCCCUCUUCUUCUCCUCACGGGCGGCCUCCCGUCCGUCGGUGUCGGUGCUUGACGUGCUGAUGGUGGUGGUGCGGUGGGGCAAGGAGCUGGCGGGGCUGUGUCUGUUCGGCUACCUCAGUGUGCCAGUCGUCAGAAACCUGCAGGCGGUGAGUGAGUGCAUGGCGGGGGGCGGGGGAGGGAUGCAUGUGUUGUGGGCGUGUGGUGCAGAAGCGUCAGAUCAUGAACACGUCCUUCACGUCGUUGCGUCUUGUCAACACCUACGGCGCAUUCGGAUCGAUCACCAAGAAGAGAUACGAAGUAAGUGAGUGGGUGGGUGCGCUGGAGCAUCUGCACACAACCCACACACACACAUCGAUCGUACACGUUUUGUGCCUGAUGCGUGUAGGUGGUGGUUCAGGGGAGUCGCCUCGACCGCCCGAGCGAUGACGAGGAGGACUGGAUAGACUACGAGUUCAAAGGUACGUGAUCACGCCGCCACACACACACACACGCCCCUCUCGGCCCGUCAUAGCCCUGCUUGCCUGUGUGUUAUGCAUGUGUUUCUGCGCAUUCCUUGUCUGCUUCCGCCGACGAAUCAUCGCAGUGAAGCCUGGUAGGCUGGAUGCUGGGCGUCUUGCUAAUGACCUCCCGGAUUCAUCUGUGUGUCCAUUCAUCAGGCGAUGUGUACCGCACCCCUCCCUGGAUCUCGCCAUAUCACUACCGACUCGACUGGCUCAUGUGGUAGGCAGUCAAACAAACGGAUAGACAGUUUAGACAUCAGACGGAUGGAUGGAUGGAUGGAUGGAUGCGUGUGUGUGUCUGAUCUGUGGGCAGGUUCGCUGGCUUCGGGCAGCCUGAGCGUCACCCCUGGCUCAUCCACCUCAUCGCAAGACUGUACGCCAACACUAAAGACGUUGACUUAUGGAGGUACACGGAGUCGCCCAUGUGUGUGGUGUGUGGUGUGAUGCAUGUGAUGCAGUCUGGUCAACGACGCUGAGAUCAGCACGCUGCUCCGACACAACCCAUUCCUCAACGGAGCACCGCCCAAAUGGUGCGCUUGAUACACAUCACACACACACAGCAUCCAUCCAUGUGUGUAUUGUCUUCUCUCUUGACCUUCUCCAUCCUCUCAGGGUGCGUGCCGAAUUGUAUCACUACCAGUACGCGAGUCCGGACUCCGUGGCCGCCCACAACGGGCAGUGGUGGGUGCGCAGCCGCCUGGCCCAGUACACCUACAUCCCCGCCGUGUCGCUCCACAGCCAGUGGAUCCAGCAGGUCAUGCGGGAACGGGGCUGGGACGAGUGCUCGCCCGUCUGGCAGAGUGUCACCGUCCCUUCUCAUCACCACACCCACCACGGCCAUCACGGCAGCGGAAUGGGCGGCAUGGGCAGGAUGAUCGCAGGCGACGAUGAGGAUGAGGACGAGGAAGAGGAGAGCGAGGAGAUGAGCGAGGAGCUGUCGGAGGAAUAUGACGACCAUGAGCACACGACAGCUGGGGGGAGGGUGCUACUGCAGCAGGGCAUGCCGCCCGGCUGACCGACGGGCCAGCCGGCUUAGCUACCUAUCAGUGGGGGGGAGGGGUGGAGGGAGGGGGUGAUGGCUGCAUAGGAGGCGAUAGGAUGAGUGAAUGGCCGUGCAAUCGUAAGACGGUGCUGCUUCGGCUCAUUCGGGGGCGUUGACAGUCUGUCUGUCUGGCUGGAUGACUGUGUGUCCGUCCCUUUUGCCGGCUGCCUGUGUUGGUAUUUGUUCGUCUGGCUGUCUGUGUACAUAUGUGUGUGUGUGUACGUAUACAUGUGCUUAUGUAUGUACUUAUGUAUACAUGUAUGUAUGAGUGUAUGUAUGUACGUACACGUGUGUUUGUGGGUAUGGCCCAUGGCAUUCAUCGCGAGAUCUGCAAUCUGUGCUAUUUUUGUCGUCGUGUGUGGGUCUUGUUUGCUUCUCCCUGUCUGUCUGUGUUGUCUCUCCGGUGUGUAGGCCUUCACAAACUCAUAUCGCUCCUGCAUAUAUACGGCGUGUGGAGGCGGAUCGAGCGAGAAAGAAGAAGAGCGACUUUGACACAGGGCGGGACUGCAUAUUUGUCUGUCUGUCUGUCUGUCUUGAGUGUGUGUGAGAGAGAGUGUCGGUGGUGUGCAGUUUGCGUGUACAGGCAGCCGUGGAUGAAGGGACAGAGGGUGUGUAGGAGAACACUACUGGCGAUCCUUUACAUGCAGACACACGCUGUGUGAGCAAUCGUGAACAGUUGCGAAACCCAAGCAGCUACUGAAAAAC